UAUAGAGCAGGUAGCUUCUUCAUUUAUUUAUUUAUUUUUUAUUGAAAUUUUUGCAGAUGCUAAUGAAGUUGGAAAUUCUCAAUCUGAGUCAUUCUCAAUAUUUGAUAGAGACUCCUGAUUUUUCAAACAUUCCUAAUCUUAAAAAGUUAAUACUCAAAUAUUGUUCAAGGCUAUCUUUGGUUUCCCAUACCAUUGGAGAUCUUAAAAAAAUUCUUCUAGUCAAUCUGAAAGGUUGCACAAACCUUCGUAUACUUCCAAGAAGCAUCUACAAGUUGAAAUCUCUGAAAACUCUCAUUCUUUCUGGAUGUCCAGAAAUUAACAAGUUGGAAGAGGAUUUAGAACAGAUGGAAUCUUUGACAACUUUGAUGGCCAAUAAAACUGCUAUAACACAAGUGCCAAAUGCAUUGAUAAGAUUGAAAAGCAUUGUAUAUGUUUCUUUGUGUGGCUUUGAAGGAUUGUCCCGUGAAGUGUUUCCUUCAAUCAUUUGGUCAUGGACCCCCCCAACAAAUAACCUCUCACCCCAAAUGCAAACAUAUGCAAAUGUUUCAUGUCUUGUUUCUUUAACUAUGCCAAAUAAUAGCUUCCAUGGUACAUCAUCCAUUAUCGGAGAGCUCCCAAAUAAUCAGAGUGUCAGGUUAGAAAGCGGUUCACAAAUAUAAACAACCGGAGAUUUUACCUUGGAUGCCAUAAAUAUAAAAAAUUGUAAGGAACUGGAAGCACCACCUGUGAUAUCACAUGUUUCAAAUAUGGAUACCUCAGCCUUAGUUGAUUGUCGCAGUCAAGAUGACAUGCCUAGAUCAAAAGCUACCAUCAGUUUCAUUUUAAUUCAAAUGGGAACGAAAUGUCCGGUCACAAAAAUACUAAAAGAAAGCAUUUCACAGGUUUGUGAUAUCUGUCUUACUUGA